GUGGCUACACAGCCGCAGCUGCGCGAUGGUUGACAUCGCCGGCAGGAAGCAUGAGAACAGAUGCACCCGCCUCUCUCGAGGAUGAGAUCAUGGCCUCGCUGCCUGCCAAGAGGCGGAAGGUGUUUGGCCACGUGAGGACGUUCUUCAAGGCCAAGGGAUACGGCUUCAUCGGUGAGCCGAAUGAGAUGAUGGAGUGGGAGAGAAGUUGACAACACCAGCUCACUGACAGCCUGUGGUCGACUGUGCUGCUGUGUUCAGCGCCCGAGGGAGGCGGCCCUGACAUUUAUGUCCACCACACAGACAUUGCGGCAACCGGUGGGGAUAACAAAUAUGUCAAGUCAUGGCGUCCCAUAUUCGCUGCCUUACAUGUCUGUGUUGUGUGUUCAGCUGCAUCGGUUGCGAGUGACCGUCGCAAGAGGCGGGCACGGCGCAAGCUCGAGUGGAAGGAGGGAGAGGACAAAGGUCAGCCAGUCAGUCAACCGCCAAAUGAAGAGGUCACCUGAGGCUGCCGCGUGCCUGCGUAUGGGUGCUUUGUGCAGGUGUGUAUGUGUUGCGGGUUGGCGACCGAGUGCAGUUCGAGACGGUGUGGGACGAUGCGGCCGCGAGGCCGAGAGCAUCACUUGUGGAAACACUCAUCGACUAGACAAGCCCGUGAGUGAGGGGGGUCACAUUGCAGCGUAGAGAGGUCUCAUGGCUUAAGAAACGGCUGGUGUGACCAGGGGAGCCAGAAGGCCUUUCUUGGCGAGGCGAGACUGUCGCUUCCAGACUGCGUCAGUCGGGUCUCACCAGGAGGGUCUUCUGGCUCCCCUGCUUUAACACGUGCAAUCUGGAAGCCCCACUUGUUUGCCCAGGCAAAACUGGGAUGUGGGUCUCUGUCAGUUAGCUAAUAGGCGGCUUCUGCACGAUUGCUUGACCCUCCCUCUACCUUUUAUGUGUGUGAAUGUGAGGACACUCACUGUGUGGUUGGGUGAUGAAGCUUCGGU